AGUACUUGUGCAUCGAUGCCAAUCACGACAUAUCUCUUAUAGAUGACAACGAAGAUCCGCGAACUGUUUUCCGGAUGCACUCUGUACUUAGUGAGCGAGACGAGAUCCAUUUUGAAAGUUAUGCACGGAUAGAGCAUGUGCUUACUGGAUUUUGGCUACACGCCCUCAAAGACGAAGACUACAUUCGACGUCAGUUCCGCAGUGUGGACGAGUCCACUGAUCAGAGCAUGAGGGGUUUGCGAUGGGACAAUGCCCAAGUCAGACAGGUUGCUGCCAGUGGUGAGAGCAUGUAUGACGACGCCUUCACAAUUCAGUUCGUGGAGCGACUCUACGUCGACGACUUCAACUACGUGGCCGGCAUGGUGCCGUUCCUGCUGAACCUCAUUAAAGAUCGGAACGAUGGCCAUGUUCUGAACGCCAAGAAGACCCACACAACUGUUACAGCCAUGGAAGAACUACGAAAGUUUAUGUACGUGAAGAGUAUCAUCAGCAAAAAUCGACAAAAACUAAUGCGGAAUCUUAGGGUCAUCGAUCUGUUGGUGAAGAUUCUCAAGUGCCCGCUGAACGCGGUGAUGGACGAGGUCAACCUGGUGCAGAUCUUCAAGGAGGCCUACGACAUCCUGUACACCUACAUGAUCGGAAAGAGCCGCAAAAACGCGCUCUACUUCGCCAAGUACAUCGAGUUCUUCCAGACACAGUUCACACAGAAGGGCGGGAUUGGUCUGAAUGUGGCACAGAUGAUCGUGGAACUGAUUCGUGACAAGAGAAAGAUUGUGGACAGAAUCACCCACGAACAGAUUGACGAGUUUGUGGCUCUACUGCAUAAAACGCAGAACUACAGAUUCUUGGAUCUUCUACAUGUCCUGUGCGUUUGUGACGACAUCGCCAUCCCAAACAACCAGUCGUACAUUGUGGAGCGAUGGUUACAGUGCAAAAAGGAAGGUGUGUUUCUGACAGCGCGAGGUCAAGAUAUAAACAGACAGCCCAACAUCUUAUACCUGUCUACCACGGCUGGCAAAUCGUGGGUGGCGCUGCACGAAUUCAUCGACGAAGAGAACCCAAUAUACGACAAGGACCAACACGAGUUUCUCAUCCACCAGCUGGACCUGUACAAAGCGCUGUGUUCUGGACGGAAUGAUUUCUCCAUCAACAUCAUAACAAAGGAGUUGCGGUAUCUCACGUGGGAAGAAACCUUCCUUUCACUUAGAUCCGACAUUUUGCCAGAUGCCAUCAGAGCCAAGUACUGCGAUCUCACUACAAGUUUGUUUGUCGAUGUGGGCAACAACUACUCCGUGCUGGAUCACCCCAACAUCUGCUUUGUGUACGACUACGUUGGUUCCAAGGAUGAGGAGAAGAGUCAGGGAGAUUUUGUUGUCAAGGAGUUGGUUGCUAUUUUUCCAGUGCUGCGAGACUGGAUUGCAGAAUUCCUGUCCGAGAAUAAAUGUAUGAUAGCUUCCGACAUCGGACACAACAUGUUAAUAGAGCAGGUUCUGCGACUGCUGUAUCACCUGGUGAAGUUCGGCUACUACCUGGACGCGGAGGACGUACUGCAGCUACUACCACCUCUCCUCACGCUGCUGGAUGGCAGACACGACUACCCCUUCCCCAAAGACAAAGACAUCGGGAAGAAAACUGAAUGUUACUCGAAGGAGGCAAUGAAGCAAGUGUUACAGUAUCAGCACGCAGACCGCUACGAAGCCUGUCCAGAAACUGCAGCCAUUGUGAAUGCCAAAUUCCAGGUGUUGGAGGUUUUAGACCUUUUGCUUACGUACCAGCGUAACUCCCGACUUCAGAGUUUUGUUGGGAAAUACAAGAUCGCUGAGCAGUCCGCAGCUGUGAAGCGCAGUGCACAGAGCACCCUGGUUCCUCUCCUGUAUGACACCUACGACCCUCACAGCUGUGUCAAGAAGUUGAUGAACCACCAGAGGAGGGUGACGAAGGAACUCCAGAACAUGUUCAACCUCUCGGCCAUCUUUGAUGUAGAUCUACUCACAAAAGUCCUUGUGGAUUUGUCCCAGUACAAGUACAACAAACUGAUCACCAAGGCUCUGAACAUUCUCAACAAAGUGUACUCUUCAAAAACCAACAUGUUCAAACUGUCUUCCAAAGCUCAGGUAUUACUCACUCAAGAUUCUUCGCGUGUGCAUCGCGAGGUUCUCAAGAACAUGCCGAUACUGCGGCGCCUGGCGCGUGCCAAACUCGACGAUCAGCAGGUCAAACUAAUGGGCAGCAUUCUAGACGAUCUGGCAGAGUUCUGCCAUCUUCCAAUGACACCAGACGAACCUCAUCCCAUGAACCAGAACAUCCUAAUCAGCAACGGAAUCUUGAACAUUUUGUUUGAUAUUCUGGUCCAGGAAAUUGAUGUUAAAUUGUUGGAGCAGUAUGCUGGAAUGAACCAGAUCUUCAAGAAGACUCUGUACCUGCUGAAGCUGCUGGCGCGAGAGAACGACCGCGUCCAGUACCACAUCUUUGAGAGACUCGACGUGUUGCUGGACGUGCGCGUGGUCGAGUCCGAUCUCGCCAUGGCUCUCAGUGAGGUUUUCUACGGCAACCAGAACACGUGUCUGAAGAUCAGCCCGCGCCAGAUCCAGAAGAUUGUGAACCGAGCGGCGGAGCUGCAGGAGAAGGCGCCGGAGUUCCUCGACCUGCUGCAGAUGAUAGUCAAGGUGGUGGGCACGGGCCUCACCCUCAAGAGGAACCAGGCCUACGUGAUGAAGUACAUCAUGCAGAACUACAAGAAGCUCGCCUACGUGCUCGACCUGUCCAAGGAAGAACGAGAGAAGAUUUUGACAAAUCCUACAAACAUUGCUAUUUUAAGAUAUUAUACCAGUUUGCUUGAUCUUCUGGCUGCAUGUGCAGAGGGUGAGAACAUGUUUAUAGAGUCGCUGUGCCAGACGAUCCUGCCCAUGGACGACCUGCUGUGGAUGCUGAACAACCCCAACGUGGACAACGUCCUGAAGAAACCCUUCCUGCGCUGCCUGCACCAUGUCUACAUGAAGAGCAAUGGCUCGGCCGUCGAUAUGCAGAACAGCGAGAUUCCCCACGACAGUGAACUGUGGGAGUACAUUUCCUCUCUGUCCAUAGAGAUGAACAGACUGACGGACAGCAUUAAGGAGGAUCCAGACAAGAUAGCAAUUUACCUCAAGACAGCCCCAGAAAAAGGAGGCUCUGCUCAGGUCCCAUUCUUUGAGUCAUCAGCGUAUGGCACCGUUCUCUACAUCCUGGAGAGUGUGAUGCCGUUUAUAGAGACAUUCUGUCGAGACUUCUACUUCCCUGAUCCUCAGAACCAGAGCAAUGAGAUGGAUGAGAUAGAUCAUUUGGCUAAAGCAGGCGUGAUGUUCAGUGAGGUUGUUGGCCCUCUGCUGUACAAACCGACUCACAUGAAAAACAUGGUCAACGCACUGACAGUGCUGGUUCCUGUCUCCAACAUGCCAAACUCGAAUCUGGAGUUUAUUUUGGAGAGAUUUGCCUCUGGAAUCACAGUGGAGGACACAUCCAGUGCUAUUAGAAGGGGUAACAUUGAGUAUUAUUCUGCUGAAGUGGAGUUGAACGCCAAGUUCCGCACAUUUGUCAGGAACUGUUCCGUAGUGUUCGCAGGUCACAACACUGUCAAAGCACAGCUCAAACUGAAGUCCAAAAGAGAUUACACUAUUAUUGGUGGUGAUGAGGAGUUGCCACUGGGUGAAGAGUUUCAAAGUCUUGUCCGGUGUUUUGUCGCCAUGCAGGAGAAGAAAACUGAGAAGAGAUAUGGACCAGCGUCAAAACUCAUUGAGCAGCUGCACAUUUCUCUGGAGAACCGGCGGCUGAACGAGACGGCUAGACAGGAGAUGGAUGAUCUCAACAUCAAGUGUCUGCAGGUUCUCCGCGCUAUCAUUCACAACGAGGAGCGCAAGCUACCAGAAGACUGGGAGAUACGCACAACAGAGACGAAAAUCAUGAAAGGACUGAAGAUAAUUGCUGUGAUCCAGAACUUUUAUGACAGCAAGGGAGCUAUGAAGAAAACACUGCCCCACUUGGCCUCCAGGAAUGACGAGAUCGCCAAGGAAGUUCUCGCAUUUAUUUGCAUACUGCUGUUCAACGCAAACACAACUGUACAGAGUUCCAUGUUGUCUUACUUCUUGUCGACACGGGAAGAAGUGUUUUUCAUGGCGGUGAGGGACAGAAUGGCUUUGUCAACAAACUCUAUCAAGGAGAAGCGAUCUCUAGAAGCCCAGCAAGAAGCCAAACUGAAAGAAUCACCGGAAGCCAUGGCCAGAAAAGCACGCACAACGUUUGUCGUCAGUCUGAUGGCACUGAAGCAAAUACAGGCAUAUGAAGAUGUUCUUCGCCAACAGCGUCUGUGUGGAUGGACUAAGAAAGUGGUUAUGGCUGCCACAAUGAAGCCAUCGAAGAAGAAAGCGAAGGCAAAGAAGCCGAAGGAGCCGAAGAAGAAGAAGGAGCCGAAGAAGGGUAAAAAGGACACGCAGACGAAUGGGAUCAAGAAGGAGGUGAACUUCUCGAACCCACUCGUCAAGGAGGACGAAGCUCUCAUCGAGACACUCAAGGAGGAUGUCGAAAUGGAGAUGACUAUCAAAAUUGAGGAACCUGAGCCUGAGCCAGAGCCGAAGACUGAGAUUGAGGAGAACUCGUCAGCAGAGUACCGGAAUGACGGCUACAUUGAGCUGGUGCUCAAAGUGAUGGCACGGAUGUGUGAUGGACAAAACAAACAACUGCAGGACUACCUCAGAGAACAGCCCGACAACGUGAAGUCGUUUGACAUCAUUGCAGAGGUGACACGCUUCUUGAAUGUUGUGUACUCCAACAUCAAUGGAAAAAACAUCGGCCUUGUCAUCCAGCUGUUUGAGUCGAUGAAUGAAUUCACUGCUGGAAACCAAGAUAACCGAGUUGUGAUAUAUGAUAACAAAAUAAUUGACUACAUCAAUUUUAUUCUGAGAGCUGGAGACUUCAAAAAGUGUUCCAUAGAAAAGAUUCUUGACUUGCGUAAGAGCAUUUCCAACCUGAUCAUGUCACUGGUUGAAGAGAACGGACCCGGAGCAUCAAUUGUCGCUACUGAAGUGAAGGACACGCUGGACAAGAAGGCUGUGAUUGCGUUGAUGACGGAGUGUUAUGAGAACCACCAGACGGACAAGAAGAUGAUCGAGGAACUCAAGGCCCAGGCCGUCAUACAGAUCCCAGGCAUGGAGCUGCCCACCGGGUCACAGAGCGCACUAGCCACUGCACGGUCGUUAGCCGCAGCCGGAGGAAGCAUACUCUCUUCACUGGAGUCAAAGAAACCAAAGAUAGAGUUUGCUGAACAGUACAUGGAUGUUGGUUUCAGUUUCUAUCUCGUUCUGGCUCGAAUGGUUGAUAUUGAUCCAAAGGUUGCAGAGAAUUUUCGACUAAAUCCUUUGCAGCAAAAAGCAUUCAACUUUUACAAGAAGAACAGCAUGGCUAUAGAACUAGUAAAGGAAGACAACCUGCAGAAAGUGAAUUUCAGAGUGAAAAACAAGCGUGUCUUACGUGAGGAGGUGAAGGAAAAGUUGAAGUGGGGCGUGGACCGUUCGUCUCCUAGCAACAAGAUCCGUGACCUCAUGGACUGGACGAAAGAUAUCAUGAAAGACAUCGCGUACCAGCAGAGGAUUCUCAGAAACUUCCUUGCUCUCUGUCUCACUAAAGGAUGGUUGGUGUGGAACCACGCGGUCACAUUGGUCAGUUUUGCCAUCAACAUUGUCAUGCUGUUCACGUGGAAGUCGAAAGCGUCCAUGGGAACGCCUGGUAUUAUGGUCAAUGUGUCUGGAAUACCCAAAGCUGUUUUAGACCCGAACCCUGUCAUCACCAACAUGGAACCUGGGCAGUACGACAUUGCUAUGAUGACACUAGGAAUUACCCACAAUUCCCUGUCUCUACUGGUGUUCCUCAGCUAUUUCAUCUGCAACCAUCCACGACUACCAAACAUCAAACACAUGAUUAACCAGUGGAAACACAUGAGAAGAAAACAGUCUGAGGAUGAUGACGAUGAUGACCGAAAGAAGAAACACGUCUCGAAGCUCGAUGCCAAGUUUUUCAGCUUCACUACGUUCUACUACAUGCUCUUCCUUGCCCUGUCUGUGUGUGGAACGUUUUGGUCUGGAUAUUUCUUUGCAUUCCAUCUGCUGAACAUUGUCAAUGGUAAUCAACUGCUUGGCGGGGUCAUAAAGGCUGUCACUCAAAAUGGAAAGUCUCUUGUGUGGGUGGCUGUUCUUGGUCUUGUUAUCUUCUACCUGUAUGGCAUCAUCGGCUUCGCAUUGAUGCGGUCUAUGUUCAAGCCGGAAGACCUCCUCUACUGUGACACGCUGUGGCAGUGCACCAUCACCGUCAUCAGAUAUGGGCUCAUUGGAGAUCUCUUUGAAGACAUGGUUCCGCACGACAAUGAAGCGUCGUUUGAGAAGUUUGGAUUUGUCGUCAUCUACCAUGUAUCCUUCUUCAUCUUCAUCACCACCAUUGGUCUCAACAUCAUCUUUGGCAUCAUCGUCGACACCUUCUCUGAGCUCCGGGACCUCAAGUGGACUGCCGAAUCUGACAUGCGUGACACAUGUUUUAUCUGCAGCAGAAACAGCUACGACUUCGAACACCAUGGCAAAGGUUUUGACCACCAUGUUCGAUAUGAACAUAACAUGUGGGCCUACAUCUUCUUCUUCAUCCACCUGAAUGGGACCAAGGCAAACGACUACACAGCUCUCGAGAUGUUCGUCUACAAACUGCUGAAAAAGGAAAACUACGACUUCUUUCCGCUGGAUCGUGCGCUGUCACUGGCCACUAUGGGUAAAGACUCGACUGAGACGAAGCUGGAUGAUUUGCUCUACCAAGUGACCUCCAUUGUGGAGAAACAGAAGUUUGAGGAACUUGAAAAGAAGCGUCGUGAGGAACGCUUAAGACAGAAGGUAUGGGAACAGAAACACCGACUGAGUUCGUUCCGGCGACGUGCCAACCUGCCAAAACCCACCGACGGGGAGACGAUGAUGCAGACCGCUCCCAUUGACGACCCUCGCAUGCUUCAGCUGAGUACGAUGGGUGGUCUCUCCCACCCCCGCCCCAGCAUCACUGACAUCACCGACCUCACUCUGCACCGACCCAGCCUGUCGGGUCACACCGACCUGGCACUGAGGCGACCUAGUUCCGAACACAUGGAAACCCUCCAGAUAAGACGACCGAGCAUCCCAGACCACCCCGAUGCCUAUCGCCGACCCAGCUUCUCUGAUCACAGCGACAUCUACCGGCGACCCAGCAUCUCCGAUCACACGGCGUUCCUGGCCAGCCACCGCCCGCCGAGUUCUCAGAGACAUCCUCGGAACAUUCGAAGCAUCAGUCCGCUCCAUGACCCGCGCCACAUGCGGGGAUCGAGCCCGUCGCGCUACGACCCGGACGAACCAUUUCUCCGCAAUCUGAGUCCUGUGCAUUACGACGCGUCGCGGCAGGGCAGCGAAACGGACCUGAUGGGGAUGAGUCCCAUCCAUGGCCGGAGAGAGAUCCCCUCGCGGGACUUUGGAAUGGGUCCCAGCAUCCUCAGUCCCCGCUGGAUGGACAGCCGGUCGGCUAGUCCCAGCAGGAGUCCUCGCAGUUCGGUGGUCUUCUUCCCCGACACGGAUUCCGUUCACAGCUUGAGAGACUGUCCGCCCGACAGACUGAUUCCCGACCCAUACGCGUACGACGUGCUGGAAGGGCCAGCACUGUUGAUGGGAGAUCAGGAGAUCCCCACGCGAGAGCAUGAUGUCGACACGGAGAGUGGACAUAGUGAUGACAUCAGUCGCAUGGAAACCAGAAUAUAAUUAUAGUACAAUGGGUUUUACCACAUGUGGAACCAGAAGAUAAUACUACAAUGAGUUUUGCCACAAGUGGAACCAGAAGAUAAUAUUACAAUGGGUUUUACCACAAGUGGAACCAGAAGAUAAUAUUACAAUGGGUUUUACCACAAAUGGGGAAAGAUAAUGACAUCAGUCGCAUGGAAACCAGAAUAUAAUAUAACAAUGGGUUUUACCACAAGUGGAAUCAGAAUAUAAUAUUACAAUGGGUUUUACCACAAAUGGAACCAGAAUAUAAUAUUACAAUGGGUUUUACCACAAAUGGGGAAAGAUAAUGACAUCAGUCGCAUGGAAACCAGAAUAUAAUAUUACAAUGGGUUUUACCGCAAGUGGAAUCAGAAUAUAAUAUUACAAUGGGUUUUACCGCAAGUGGAAUCAGAAUAUAAUAUUACAAUGGGUUUUACCGCAAGUGGAAUCAGAAUAUAAUAUUACAAUGGGUUUUACCAAAAGUGGAAUCAGAAUAUAAUAUUACAAUGGGUUUUACCACAAGUGGAGAAAUAUUAUAAACUCUUGCCCACAUCUCUCUGUUCAUAUGGGUUAUUACAAUAAUUUUCCACCGACACAUAAUAAACAGAUUCUUGACGGUCUGAAUAAUUGAUGACAUCAGUCUUAUGGAAGCCAGGAUUGAUCAUUUAAUGUACUUUGAAAUAAUUUUUAACUGUGUCCUUUUUUAACUAUAUGGUUGUGGUGUGUGGAGAAAUGAUACAUAAUGAAAUAAAUUCUCCAGACAGAAAAUUUAUGACAUCGGUCAUAUGGAAGCCAGGAUAUAAACAUUACAAUCAUUUUCAACUGUCUUUUUUUUUUUUUUUAACCACAAGUGUGGUGUGUUGGGAAAUGAUAUAUAAUAAUAAAUUUAAAAAUCUUAAAAAAGUAAAAAUGUCUGAAUGCAGUUGGAAAAUCUGAGAGCAAAGUGUUUGCUUCAAUCCUCAGAAUCAUGGCAGUGUGCCAUUUUCUUCAGUGGGUCCCCAGAUUCAAACAUACUAGCUGUGAAAGAAAAGUAUUGAGUUUCAGGUAAAGUUCAAGAGGAAACUUACAACAACCUACAUGUGAGUGCUUUAAAAACUAAUCUUCACAGUAUGGAACUGUGUUGUCAUCAUGGUCAUGGGCUCAGCUUCACAAACGUAUUCAAAGCAGGCCAAAAUAUCUGUAUAACUAGGAGUAACAAUGAAAUAGAUGGACACUGUUGAACAUCUUCAUUUCUGUAUGGUUAUGUACGUUAGAUGUUGUAAAUAUACUGGGCCAAAUGUACGAAGACUGACGAAAUUCACCAGCAUACUCAGAGUGCUGGAUUAGACCUGUUUCACCAAAGCUGUUGUCAAUGGACGGGACUUUGAGAUUGUUCCGGUUAAAGCCCAAAACACGCUGGGUCUGGGUCUGGCGAGUAUGGAGCCAGUCCAAAAUUAAACACAUUUCACUGAAUGUGACAAAACACACCACAUCUGGGUCUGGGUCUGGCGAGUAUGGAGCCAGUCCAAAAUUAAACACAUUUCACUGAAUGUGACAAAACACACCACAUCUGGGUCUGGGUCUGGCGAGUAUGGGGCCAGUCCAAAAUUAAACACAUUUCACUGAAUGUGACAAAACAGACCGUGUCUGUGAAGACAACUACCGAUCUGACAACAGACAUCAUAGAACAUUUUUUACACUGCCAGACUGGCAGCUGCACAAUGUUCAAACCUUACUCACAUUCGUUUUUCUUAAUAACCAACCGGAAAGGUAUAUAUUAAUCAAUGUGCAUUUCAUAAACUUACUAUUGUUGAUGUUUAUAGAAGUAAAUUUAUCUAAACGCAUUAAUAUAUAUAUUGAUAACACGUUACAGUUACAGACCCAGACAUCAAAAUGACAUCUGUGCCAUACUCGCCAGACCCACACACAGAUCUAGACCCAGACCUAGUUUGUUUUGGGCCUAACAAUGAAAUAUGGAAUACACAGUUGUCAGUUUGGAGAGUAAAACUAUCAUUAUUCUUAUAAUGUAGAAACUGAAAAUGAUUAUGUAUUAUAUAAUUAAAAUACUAAUGGUUUGUGUUUUUAUCUUCUCUCACAAGUGUUAUAACUGACUUUUAACAUGUGAAAUGUUGUAAUAUUAUUAAUUAAUAAUAUUAAUUCUUUUAUAUAUAUGUUUUCUGGCAGCUAAAGCCCACUGUGUAGUCAUGUUGACAGCAUUGAUAUUCGAUAUUAUUACCCCCACCAUAUAUACAUGUGUUUGUUGUUAGAUAAACAUUUAGCUGUGGCUUAGUAAACAUCCCACCAUAUAUACAUGGAUGUUUGUUGUUAGAUAAACAUUUAGCUGUGGCUUAGUAAACAUUCCACCAUAUAUACAUGUAUGUUUGUUGUUAGAUAAACAUUUAGCUGUUGGCUUAGUAAACAUCCCACCAUAUAUACAUGUAUGUUUGUUGUUAGAUGAACAUUUAGUUGUAGCUUAGUAAACGUCAUUUCGUGGAUAGUAAAACCAUAUUGUUUUUUCCUCGUUUGACCACACUGCAUGCAUUAAAAAACCAACAUAAUAAUAAUAUUUAUGUUUCUCUACCUAGCAGAGUAGAUGAAAAUUUAACUACUACUUCUUUUAUUAAAUCGUAUUCAAUUUUAUUUGAAUAUGCAGCAAAACUUGUCUAAACCUGAUCACCAUUUUGUUUUUCCUUGUUUGACAGACCAACAUGAUAUUAUUAUUUAUGUUUUCUGAGCUAGCAGAGUACAUGUAGAUGGGAAAUUCUAACUUCUUCUGCCUUUGUUAAAUCUUAUCCAAUUUUAUUUGAAUAUACAGGAAAACCUGUCUGAACUUGAUCAUGCUGGGAACAUAAUUAUUUAUCCCAUUUAGAUGGAUUUGUUCAGGGUCCGGUUUAGACAGGUUUCACUGUUCUGUAUUGAAUACUAACAACAGGGAUAUUUUAAAAUAAAAGCUGAACUGAUCUUUUAAAAGCGAAAUCUUGCAAUAUCAGUAAUUACAGUUUUUUGCAAUAUCAGUAAUUACAGAGUUUUUUGCAAUAUCAGUAAUUACACAGUUUUGGAGGGUUUUUUAAUGUCAGUUCAUUGUACAAAUACUACCCACAUCUCUGUGAUUAUGUUAUACAUAUAUAUGUAUCUGUGUGUGGCAGUAAUUAUACAAUGUCCUACUUUUUUGUUUGAUGUCUUGCAGUUCAUUGUAUAAAUACGACAGACCUUCAUUGAACAAGAUGUAUUGUCAUUAAAGUAAUUUGUAAAUAUUCAAAUUUUUUUUUAAUAAAAGUACUUUCAUUUUUUAUUGCUUGCUGAUAAUGGAUUUUACUACUCAAGCAAUUACCUAUCCAAAUCCUCAUCUUAAAAUUCCUUACCAUCAAAUUGUAUUGGUCCAUAGUCAGUUUGUUGACGUGACAUGCCUUUGUGACUUACAAAUUAUGUUUAGAAUGAUUUCAAAUAUUGUAGUUAGUUUUGUCUGCAUCUAACUGAAUUUUAAAACAGUUCUGGUCCGAGAUGAAAUGUCUUAAAUUUAGGCCACAGAGCAAUAUUAAUGGAUUAAAAAUGAAAGGAAAAAAAAAAGUUAGUUUAUUUUGUUUAACGACACCACUAGAGCACAUUGAUUUAUUAAUUAUUGGCUAUUGGAUGUCAAACAUUUGGUAAUUUUGAUAUAUAGUCUUAGAGAGGAAACCUGCUACAUUUUUAUAUUAGUAGCAAGGGAUGUUUUAUAUGCACCAUCCCACACAGGACAACACAUACCACGACCUUCGAUAUACCAGUCGUGGUGCACUGGCUGGAACAGCAAAUAUGGUGCUAAAGAUUUGCCGAUACAUUUUUUUGUCUAUUAGUAAGUUAAAUUAUUUAGUUAUAUAUUUAUAAUGAUUAUAAUUCAAAUGAAAAGUUAGAUAAUUGUGACAAGAAGUAGUCAUUAUGUAACUUUGACAUAGCACCUUUAAUGUUUAUAGAACUAUGCCAGAAUUUGAAUGAAACAGUUUGUUUUUGUAAAUAUCCUACUGUAUUAUCGGAGUGCUUUACUACUGGGAAUCCUUAGACUGAUCACAAACAUAAGCAUUUACUCAUUUCCAGAUAAAAUUAGAACAUUUUCCAUUGGGGAAUCACAGAUGAAUUUGUAGAUAGUUAAUAUGUAUUCAGAAAUACAUUUUUCAUUUGACCAGAUGUGUUAUAGCCAAAAAUAACCAACAGUGUUUACGAAUAUGAAGGAACUUUGAAUAUGUCUCAUGUACAUUUUGGACAGUCUUUAUCUUAUAGCAUUAACAGUAUGCACCAAUAUAUAAUUGUAUAUACACAAAAUAUAUACCAAAUUUCAAUAUACUUGAAGGACAUGUUAAAUAAAGAUGUAGUAACAUUGUACACUUUGUUGUAUGCAUAUUGUUAAUGAAUUUUAUCACACCUAAAAAUUAUGUAUUAUUUAGUCAUUCCAAUUUUUUUAUACUGGAAUAUUUGCACAUAAUAAUUAAUUGUAUAUUGUUACUUUUAUUUACAAUUCUUUAUUAAUAUAUUCUUUGUUUUAAAAAAAUAUAUAUAAAACAAGAAAAGAAAAACAUUUUUGUAUGAUAUGCAUGUAGGUAGCAUAUUAGCAUGUUUUACUUUCAAAUCGUUAAUUUGUAAUUUUUUCUUUUUUUAGAAAAACAAAUUUGGUGCUUGAAAUGCUUAAUUAUGUUGUCAGUACAUAAUAUGUAGACCACUUAUUUACAUAUGAAGUAGUGAGAUGUAAUGGACUUCCAAAAAGAACUAUUGAAUCUUUGUUAUGAAGGUAGUAUUUCAUAGUUGACUUUUUAGCAUUUUGUUGAUGUACAGCAAAAUAAUUAAAUUUCUGUUUCGUUAUUAAAAUAUGCAGCCAUCUAACUGGCCCAAUCAUA